CCAGUUGCGCGAAUAUAACACGCGCGAGUGCUUGUAUCACAGCGCAGCAGGAAGGCGUGCCAGCAGGCGCUAGCAACGCUCUUCAAUACGAAGCAGAUACGUUCCAUAUUCAAAUUAUCCCACCAACGAGUAAUCAACGAUUCGCUUUUUUUUUUUUUUCGUAAAGAAAACUGAAAGAGAUCAGGCGAGACGUGAAACACGCAGCCCUCUACAGUACAGGUGCUGCAUUUAAUUAAAGGCAGUUUUGUAGCUCACACCUAGCUGCAAUGGGCAUCGAAACUGAAGAGCCAAAGUCCACACCACCACGUGAAUUCCGGCGUUUGAACGAAGGCCUUGUGUUUGCCAAGGCGAACUUUUUCUUCCUUUAUGGAGCAUCUGCUAUAAUCCUCCCUGCCCUCUCUGUGUACGGCAACGAAUUGGGGCUCAAUGCUGCCUCCGUGGGUGUGGUUUUGACUGUGGUGCCCUUUGUUGUGUUCCUCGUUCGACCACUCAUAGCAGGCAUCUCCGACAGACUGCAGAAGGUUAUGCCGGUGCUUGUAUGUGUCAUCGUGUUCGAAGCCGUUUCUCUUUUGUUCAUCAGUUCGGUACCCUCGUUGAAGACCACCGGCGAGCAGGACGCUGGACUGAGUUUACAGCUGAACUUAACUACCUCAAAUGCGACAGCUUCACUGGUGGGAAUUGAGAACAAAUCUUGCGUGGCCGAGCAUCUCAGGAACUCUAGUGUUCACUGUUUCCUCAAAUGCCCUUGCCAGUGGGGCAUCCACGCUUCCGGUGAUAAUGCAAGUGAGUCGUGUGGACUCCACCGCAGUGUACAUUUACAACCUGUGUCUGCAGAACAGCCCGGUGAGUUUUACCUCGUCGGCAAUGAAAGUGAGUCACUGCAGGGUGCAGGCUUGAACCUCGAUGAAGCGGUUGUGACUUGCAGUGCAAACUGUUCUGUGGAUCUCCUGCCGUGCCUGGAAAAAUCUGUUGACUCUGCGGCUGCCUCGGAAGACAUGCACUCGCUGCAGUUCUGGCUCUUCCUCCUGCUCACGUGUCUCAUACGCAUUGCCAUUUCGAGUGCCUUCUCACUGUCCGACACAGCCUGCUUCCAGCAACUCGGGGACAAGCCACAGGACUACGGUCUCCAACGGCUCUGGGGCACCAUCGGCUGGGGCAUCACGGCACCCUUGAGUGGAUUGCUGAUCGACUACGUCAAUGCUCAGCUCGGCUACAAGAGCUUCGUGCCUGGCUUUUACAUGGCGGUGGGGCUGAUGGCGAUACAGUGCGUGGUCGGCUGCAAUUGGCGGCUGGGGCCUUCCACGCGCAACCCGAGCAUCCUCCGGAACGUCGGCGGCCUGCUGAGGAAGCCCAGGCACCUGUGCUUCCUCCUGGACAUCUUUGUGGUGGGCAGCUGCAGCAGCAUUCACUGGUACUACAUCUACUGGUACCUCCAGGACUUGCAAGCCAGCAAGCUGCUCAUGGGGCUCACCCUGGCAACGCAGAGCUUCUUGGGCGACCUCCCGUUCAUGUUCCUCUCGGGCUGGCUCAUAAAAAAGUUGCAGCACAUCAACGUGGUGCGGCUGGCCUUCGUGGGCUUCUUCCUGAAGUUUCUGGGCUACUCUUUCCUGCGCAACCCCUGGUGGGCCAUUGCCAUUGAGCUACUGCAGGGACCCACAUAUGGAUCAUUCUACGUGGCCAUGACCUCUUAUGCUCGCAGCAUCUCUGUACCCGGCACAGAGGCCACUUUUCUCAGCAUUAUACAGGGUGUCUUCGACUGCUUGGGCAUAGCAGCUGGAUCUUGUCUGGGUGGCCUCGGCUUAAGCUAUUUUGGUGCCAGGAAGACCUACUUCAUCGCAAGUUUUGUGCCUCUGGUGUGGCUCGUGCUGACAAUUCUGAUCAGUCAGCUUAUCACACGCUGUAGCAGCGGCGAACAGGACAAGGUGGUUGUUGAAGAGCCAAUGGAAUCUGCCCAGCCUUUUAUGUCUACCAAGAGCAACCGAAAGGACCACGCUGAUCAACAGACUUCGGAACAGCUUUGAACGAGGCAGCGGCGCAGUGGCUUGGAAGGGCGAUCAUCUCGAUCUCACAUAGUGUGGUGGCACCACAUGAUUGUCACACCAUUCGCACCAUUUUACAUUGCGAAUGUGCUGUGCAUAGCCUAGGUUCAAAUCAAGGCUUUCAGGUUUCACCACCUGCUUACAAUUCCGUGACUUGAUACAUGUAUUCACAACACAGAAAUCCAGUUUUACAACACUGACCUGAUAGAUCAGUGUGUUGCUGAUACAACGCUAAAAUGUUCCUUAGUUUUCUUGCCUGGUGCUUGUACACAUUGCAAAUACAUAUAUUUUUUUCUAUACAAGCUGCU